GUAGAUCUGUGGCAUGAUUUCUCCUUGACUGAGACGGAAGAGUGAGGACUAAGGUUAAAAUUAGUUGUCUUGUGUGUUUCUUUCCGAAUGAACUGAUGGAAGUGAAUAAAGUGGACCUGUGUGACAGCUUGAUAAUCUGGUUACAGACAUUCAGUGUAUCCUCAACAUGUCAAAAUGUUCACGAUUUAAUUAAUGGAGCUGCAAUGGCACAGGUGUUGCACCAAAUAGACCCGUCUUGGUUUAAUGAAUUGUGGUUGAGUCGCAUUAAAGAUGAUGUGGGUGAAAAUUCGAGAUUGAAGAUGAAUAAUUUGAAGAAGAUUCUGCAGAUGGUUCUCGAUUAUUAUCAUGAGGUGCUUGGUCAACAAAUUGCUGAUUCUCUUCAUCCAAAUUUGAAUCUGAUCGUGGAGCAUGUUGAUAUUGUGGAAAUCAGUAGAUUGCUCCAACUGAUUUUGGGAUGUGCAGUGAACUGUGAGAGGAAGCAGGAGCACAUUCAAAAUAUCAUGACAUUAGAAGAGUCUGUGCAGCAUAAUGUUAUGACCGCCAUUCAAGAACUCAUGAGUAAAGAAAUGGCAGGAACAUUUGGCAGUGAAGCGUCUGGAGACCUGGAUCAGCAGCUUAAAAAAGCCCUGGAAGACCUUAACGAAGCUGUGCUAGAAAAGGAGGAGCUGGCUCAACGCUGCCAGGAACUGGAUAUUCAGGUUUCUACACUGCAAGAGGAAAGAAAUAGCUUAUUGGCUGAAUACGACCUUAUGACAGAGAGGAUAAACCAAUUGGAUGCAUUUGAUGAUCCACACAGCCUUGCUGGCAAGAAAUACUUUAACUUCCAGCUUCAGUUAGAUCAAUUACAAGAAGAAAACUACAGGCUCGAAACAGCAAAAGAUGACUAUCGUGUUCACUGUGAAGAACUGGAACGACAACUGAUUGAGAUGCAGCACAGAAAUGAUGAACUAAACAGCUUGGCAGAAGAAAACCUUGCCCUAAAAGAUGAAAUUGAUAUCAUGAGGAAUUAUUCAGAUAAGGUUACCAAAUUAGAAGCUUCACUGGAGACAUACAAGAAAAAACUGGAAGACCUGAAUGAUUUGAAGCGACAAAUGAAAUUGUUGGAGGACAAAAACGUGAUGUAUAUGCAGAAUACAGUCAGCCUGGAGGAAGAAAUCCGAAAAGCUAAUGCCGCACGUGCUCAGCUGGAGACAUACAAAAGACAAGUUCUGGAACUUCACAACUCAUUGUCUGAGGAAGUAAGAAGAGCAGACAAACUGGCUUUUGAAUUGAAACAGAUUGAAGAAAAACAUGAAACAUUAUUGAAAGAAAAAGAGCGAUUGAUAGUAGAGCGUGAUGCUCUUAAAGAAACCAAUGAGGAGCUCAAAUGCACUCAAGUGCAGCAAGAUCACUUGUUGCAGUCAGGUAAAUUUUCUCUGGAUUCACAUGACCAUCUUGCAGCUGAAAUUCUUCCUGUGGAAUAUAGGGAGAAGUUUAUUUUAUUGCAACAUGAGAACAAGAUGUUGCAAUUACAGCAAGAGGGAUCAGAAAAUGAGCGCAUUUCAGUGCUGCAGAAGCUGUUAGAUGAUGCAAAUCGAACAAAUAAUGAGCUGGAGACCGAAAAUAGAAUUGAAAAGCAGAACGUAAACAAACUGCAACAUCAGGUUGAAGAUCUUCAGAAAGUCUUACAGGAGCAAGGCUCAAAGGUUGAAGAAUCAAGUGAACUGAAGAAGAAAUUGGAUGCACAUUUGGAGAAACUCCAUGAGGCCCAUGAUGAGCUGCAGAAAAAGAACGAACUUAUUGAAGACUUACAACCUGAAAUACAGCAGAGCUCUCAAAAGAUUGAAGAGUUGCAACGUGCCCUGAGUAAAAAAGAUGAAGACAUGCGGGCAAUGGAGGAAAGGUACAAGAUGUACCUGGAGAAAGCUCGUAAUGUGAUUAAAGCUCUGGAUCCAAAACAGAACCCAGCAAGUACAGAAAUCCAGAUACUGAAAACCCAGAUGGCUGAGAAAGACAAAAAAAUACAAACGCUGGAGCGUGAAUGUGAGCAAGCAAAACUUCGAGGGUAUGAAGAGGAGCUGAUAGUAACAGCUUGGUACAAUAAGAGUUUGGCUUUUCAGAAGAUAGCCAGUGAAGCCCGGUUAGGAGGGUUUAAUCUAAACGCAAAUCGGUCAUUCCUAGCGAAACAACGACAAGUAACCAGCACACGAAAGACUCUCACCGUCGCUACGCCUGCAGCAGAUUCUAAGUAGAUCAACUAAUUGCAAUAUACUGGUGUCCCAUUUUUAAAAAGAGAAAAAUUGUUAAAGGUAGAACCUAAAAUAAAAAAAGGAAUAUGACCGAGAUCUGUAUUUUUAUAAUUUUUCUGCUUUCAGUAAUAUAUUUCUAUUUUGUAGUAGUCCCAAUAGGAAGCUUACCUUUAACUCUGUGAGGGUUCCUUUAUACUUUAUCCAAAUUUUAUAUAUACAAUACAGAAAUGUGAGAUCGAGAGAUGAAAAUUUGAGGAAGUUAUAUUGGGUUUUAUUUGUUAGAUCGAAAUUUAAAAUUAUAUUUAAUAUAUAUUUCCUGGUUUUAAUUUCAUGAAUUCAUUUACCGGAGAAUGUUUGCUUCCUGCAGUAAUAUUUUGUUGCUUUUUAUUAAAAAGUUCUCUUGUUUCUGUGCUUAAAGGGGUGACAAUACAUUUCCAAACAUAUUUGUAAAUUUGAAAAGGUAUACAAUGUAAUUGUAAUCUCUACUUCUGGUCAAAGCUCAAUAUGUAUACACAGCAAUAAAAUCCUCUUAAUUUGUUUUAACUUUGGCGUAGCUACACAUUGAAAUCAAUUCACUUUAUUGAGGAAAUGUGCUACAUGAGAUUGUAUUGAAAACACUUGUAAAUUUUAAACUAGAACUUGUUACAGUGAAAUUUCACAAAUGUCUUAAGGGUUUUUACUAUACAGUUCCACGAAAUUAGUUUCCAUAAAACUAAUUUUUAGUUAAAUGUUUAUAAAUCAGCAGUUGGGUCUUUAUUGAUUAUUUUUAUAACCUGAGAAAACAAAUAUAGUUA